AUGGACAGAAUAACUAAGCAUUUUAACAGGCAGGCUGCUCCUGUCAACAGUCAGCAGGCUGCUCCUGUCAACAGUCAGCAGGCUGUUCCUGUCAACAGUCAGCAGGCUGCUGCUCCUGUCAACAGUCAGCAGGCUGCUGCUCCUGUCAACAGUCAGCAGGCUUCUGCUCCUGUCAACAUUCUACACACCCACCCGCCACCCACCAGUUGCCACACCACCCAACAGUUGCCACACCACCCACCAGAGUCUCCCAAGGGUCGCCCGGGAGUCUCCCAAGGGUCGCCCAGGAGUCCCCCAAGAGUCGCCCAGGAGUCUCCCAAGGGUCGCCCAGAAGUCUCCCAAGGGUCGCCCAGGAGUCUAGAGUCUCCCAAGGGUCGCCCAGGAGUCUCCCAAGGGUCGCCCAGGAGUCUCCCAAGGGUCGCCCAGGAGUCUCCCAAGGGUCGCCCAGGAGUCGCCCAAAGGUCGCCCAGGAGUCCCCCAAGAGUCGCCCAGGAGUCUCCCAGGAGUCUCCCAAGAGUCGCCCAGGAGUCUCCCAGGAGUCUCCCAAGAGUCGCCCAGGAGUCGCCCAGGAGUCGCCCAGGAGUCUCCCAAGGGUCACCCAGGAGUCACCCAAUAAACGGCUAA